AUGUGGAGUGUUUCUUAUGUCCAUUCUGUUCUCAUGGACGCUUGGUUCACACAACAUAACAAAGGAAAUUGUAGCAAAAGAAAUGCCUCCUCUUCAUUUCAAAGUCAAAUUUACGAAAUAAAGCGUAAGCGCAAGUUGUAUUUGAUUUCUAUGUUUGUUGGCUUUUUCAUUUAUUGUUGUUGUUUUGGUUUAAUUAGGACGGAAAUGAUUAAAUCUUGUGUUACCUUCCAAAAUUCGUGGAUCUCUGCGAUUAAGAUCUUGGUUUUUUAG